GCGUGGCCGCGCUGGUGGUGUUGCUCUUGGUUUUGGCCUUCUUCCGCUCCAAUUUCAGGUCUAUGUGGUCGCCACUGGUUUGGAGAUCCUACUAAUUGAGAUGGCAAAGGCAAAUGCUCAGGAGUCUUACCAAAGGGUCCAGAAGGCUAAAGCAAGAUCUCGUGCCAGGACUGGUGGUGUUAGGGCGGUUAUCUCUCCUCCUCCUCCUCCUCGGAACGUUGGGACUCCCUCUCAGCCCAUCGUAAUUUCUUCUUCAACUUUCUCUCAGCCACCCCCCUCUGCUCGACCUUCUUCUGAACCAGAGAACAAGAAGCGCAAGACCUUAGAGUCUGGCUCUUCUGGUGAGGUGAAGGCGGAUGCUCUUGCAUUUGUCCGAAAGAACAUCUAUCCUAAUGUUCGUAUAAGUAUGGAUGAUGUUUCUGUUGUCAUUGAUGGUGCCAUUGUGGAUCCACCUGUCCCCGAGAUUAUUUCCGAGUCGGAUUUGAAGACUCGGGGGCAAAGGAUUAUAGAGUCUCCUCCUCGCCCUAAGGAUGCCCCGAGUUCCUCCACAGUUCCUCUAACUUCCUCUUCGUCUCCUAUGGAUGCCUCUCUUCCCGGUCCUGGUGGCGCUCCUUCUUCCUCUGGUGGUGGUGACCUGUCUACUCCUCUUGCAAAAAAGUGA